AUGCCUCGCAAAACCCUGGGAACCCCAGAGAAGCACCGCGUUUCUUCGGAAAGUGCUCCAAGUCCUUCCUUCAUGCGCAGUCUACGGAAUGCCGGCUCUCCGUCAACAUCACCAUCCAGAAACGCCACCCGUAGUCCACGACUGGGUAGUUUGGCUCAAGCCAUAGCUCCGCCUCCGCGAGCAGCACUCUCUCCUUCUCCUUCUCCAGAUGCUCAUAGAAGUAACACAAGCACGCCGCGCGGUACUAGAGUCAGAGUCAUCGAUGGGGGUGGUACAACUACAAUAACAAAUACAGCUACAACAGACCCUUCCAGUUCCAGCUCAAGCAUGAGAACCUCACCCUCACCUAUACCCGCACCAAGAUCAACAACACCUACACCUACAACAACCGAGGACCUCCUCAAGCAAAAAGACGACCGCAUAGCCCACCUCGAGCUCUCGUACCAACGCACCCUUGACGCCCUGACCAACGCCUCCUCCAGUCUCUCCUCCUUCUCCUCGCUGACGUCCACCACUGCGCACGAGCUCCGCCUUUUACGGUUGGAAGCCGACGCCCUCCGCGCCGAGCGCGACGAGCUCCGCUCCAGCUGGAACGCCGUCCAGCAGAGCCUGCGCGAGCGCGAGGACGAGAUCCGUGACCUGCGCAGGCAGAUGCGCGGGCUGAAGGAGUGGGUGAGCAACAGCACGCGGGCGGACGCGACGGGGGCGGCGCAGCAGAUGAGCGAUGAGGUGUUUGGGGCGGGUAUAGCGAGGUUGGGGAAUGGGUUGCAGAACUGGGUGUUGGUGAAUUUUAGGAGGGCGAAGGUGACAAGUGAAAGGUUGGCGGACGGGUGGAGGGAGGAGUUGGCGAGGGUGGUGCCGAUGUUUGAGGAGAUAUUGGCGAUGGGAGGCAAGAUACACUUGAUACAGAGUGUGGUGUCGAGGUUGUUGGUGGAGAUGGUGUUUGGGGCUUAUUUUGUUGGGUUGACUGGGGAGCAGGAGCGGGUGGUUAGAGAGGCGGAGGGUAUGCUUGCGGGUAUCGCAUCAACGCCCGAGUCUCUCAAUCAGUGGCGCGCUUUGACUCUCUCCAUCCUGAAACGGGAAGCCGACCAGAAGCUACAAGCCGAGACAACCGCCAUUAUCGAGGCCUUCGUUGACAAAGCCAAUAACAUAUUAUAUGCCAUUACGGAUGUCGAUACUAAGGCCACUGAGGCACGGGAUCAGGGUCUGAGACAACUUGUCAACGGCGCGAUCGACAUGUCACGGCUUCUCGUCGUCCAGAAAGCCAUCUUCAAAGUCACCAUGCCCGAGAUCCUGCCACAUCAACGAGUCCUUUUCGAUGCAGCCACAAUGGAGGACAUCGGUGGCGAGGACGAGGAGAGCUUGUCGGAUAGGGAGAUCUGCUGCGUCACGUUUCCGGGAAUCAUCAAACAGGGCGACGAAAGCGGUGGGCAGCUCCAGUGGAGGAAUGUCAUCGCCAAGGCCAGAGUGCUUUGCAGUCCGGAAGAGUGA